AUGCCGCUCUUCUCUCUUCCCGCACACGAGGCGGACACGCCGCCGGAGCCCGUAGACGCGGGCGGGCGGCGGCAUUCGUGCGGUGAUGGCAUGGAGCUGUGCUGCCGCCUUACCGCGGCAGAGGAGCUGCAAGGCCACCUGCGCGACUGCUUCAGCCUCUUCGCCUCCCGCUUCGAGCACACCGCCGUCUCUCUCGCGUGCAUUCGGGCGCUUCUUCCGUCGUCGCCGCCAUCGGCAGGGAGUGAGGCACUUCCCGGCACUCCACAGGCAAGCGAGGCGGAGGCGGACGCGCCACGAUCAGGAGACGGCGCCUUCGACGUCUCUACCGUGGUCACUGUGCUGUUCCUCCACGUUGAGGACAAGCUGGGCGCUUGUCUUGGCGCCGCUGGUGGAAGCGAUGACGAAGCCAAGACACCGCUGCUGGGGGUUGUCGUCGCCUUCCAGUACUGGAGGGGGUUUCAUUGCGUUGCCGAGCGUCGUUACGCCUCGGCAGCAGAGGCGCAGGACGAGGUAGCGGCACUGGAGAGAGGGAAUCUUACCGUGCCUGAGCUUCUGAGGAUGCCGCAGUGGCAGCGGAUUGGCGUACCGGCGGCGGGGGCGAGCCCCUCGCCUACUCCGGGCAGCGGCCACGCCGAUUUUACAAGCCCCGGAAGCACCGAUAUGACGUCGGGCUUUUCUGGUGUAGAGGGGAAUACAGUAGCGAAACAUGGCGCCGCGUACGAGAGUCUGAUGGCUCUGAUGGUGGGCACGUAUCUCUGA